AUGGGGCGCGCACGGAGGGUGGCGCAGGGCUUGAAAGGCGAGGCGCGCGAGCUCCCGGCCGGGUGGCGGUGGCUGGCGGCGCGGCCAGGUGAGCCCGAGAUGCUGCCGCCCGCCGCGCCCGGGCCGGGGCCGCUGCUGCCGCCGCUGCUGCUGCUGCUGCUCCUCGGGCCGCUCGGGCCCCGCGCCGCGCAGGCCCCCGACGCCGCCGAGCUGGAGCUCUCCACCGAGCGGCCGCUGCACCUGCUCAGCCCCGCCUUCCUCUCGGUCACCAUCGACGCCAACCUGGCCACCAACCCGCGGUUCCUCAUCUUCCUGGGUUCUCAAAAGCUUCGCACUCUGACCAGAGCUUUGGCUCCUGCACACUUGAGGUUUGGUGGCACCAAGACAGACUUUCUAAUUUUUGACCCCAGUAAGGAACCAACCUUUGAAGAGAGAAGUUACUGGCAAUCUCAAGUCAACCACGAUAUUUGCCAAUCUGGACCUGUGCCUCCUGAUGUGAUGAGAAGGCUACAGGUGGAGUGGCCCUUGCAGGAGCAGUUGCUCCUCAGAGAACAACGUCAGAAAGAGUUCAAGAACACCACCUACUCAAGAAGCUCAGUGGAUAUGCUGUACAGUUUUGCAAAGUGCUCAGGAUUGGACUUGAUCUUUGGUCUAAAUGCAUUGCUGAGAACGGCGGAUUUGCGCUGGAAUAGCUCCAACGCCCAGCUUCUCCUGGACUACUGCUCCUCCAGGGGCUACAACAUCUCUUGGGAGCUGGGCAACGAACCUAACAGUUUCAGGAAGAAGGCUGGCAUUUCCAUUGAUGGAUUGCAGCUGGGAGAAGAUUUUGUUGAGUUGCAUAAACUUCUAAGAAAUUCCACAUUCAAAACUGCAAAACUCUAUGGUCCUGAUAUUGGUCAGCCUCGAAGAAAGGUAGUUCAAUUGCUGAGGAGUUUCCUGAUGGCUGGUGGAGAUGUGAUUGAUGCGGUUACGUGGCAUCACUACUAUUUGAAUGGACGUAAUGCCACCAAAGAAGACUUUCUGAGCUCUGAUGUACUGGACACUUUUAUUUUAUCUGUGACAGAAAUUUUACAGGUGGUUGAGGAGACCAAACCCGGCAAAAAGGUGUGGUUGGGAGAAACAAGCUCUGCAUAUGGCGGUGGAGCACCCUUGCUGUCUGACACCUUCGUGGCUGGCUUUAUGUGGCUGGAUAAGCUGGGCCUAUCAGCCCGAAUGGGCAUAGAAGUCGUCAUGAGACAGGUGUUAUUUGGAGCUGGAAACUACCACUUAGUGGAUAAAAAUUUCGAGCCUGUACCUGAUUAUUGGCUAUCUCUGCUGUUCAAGAGACUGGUGGGCACCAAAGUAUUCAUGGCGAGCGUGAAAGGCCCAGACAAAAGCAAACUUCGAGUGUACCUCCACUGCACAAACACCAACCACCCAAGGUAUCAAGAAGGAGAUUUGACUCUAUAUGCCUUAAACCUCCAUAAUGUCACCAAGUACCUGAGGUUGCCCUAUCAAUUAUUUAACAAAGAAGUGGAUAAGUAUAUUGUAAGACCUUGGGGACCUGAUGGAUUAUUUUCUAAAUCUGUCCAACUCAACGGUCACACCCUAAGGAUGGUGGAUGAUGAAACCCUGCCUGAUCUGACAGAAAAACCCAUCCGCCCGGGAAGCCCACUAGGCAUGCCUGCCUUCUCAUAUGGGUUUUUUGUCAUAAGAAGUGCCAAAGUGGAUGCUUGUUUAUGAGCAUGAAAGGCAUCACUAGCUCUGAGUGGAAAGGUUUCAAGUGUGCUGAUAAGAGGAAAGAAGCAAAAUCAAGUGAUAGGAAGGCAAGCUGGCUUGUUAGUAAACCACCAAGAACCUCAGAAACACAGGGGCAUUUGAGUGCGAGAUUUAGCGCAGUAUUUUAAUCUCAG